UGUCCCGGGUUUCGCCACCUCUGAGGAAGCUGCCUCCCAGGCCCACCCCUCCCCCAGGGGCCCAGGCCCCGUGUCCGGCGGUGCCGCCUCCCCGGAGUCUCCACCCUCGCAUUCCUGUAGCGUGAGCCACCCCUGCCGCCCGGGCCAAGCCUCACUGUUCCCCUGGACGCUCCUGGAGCCUGCACGGCUUCCCGCGGCCAGACCAUGGCCCUACUGACGGAUCCCCUGGGGCCCUGCAGGACCCCUCCUCACCACCGGCUUCUGCUGCUCCUCCUCGGCCUUGCAUGGGUGCCCCAGGCUGUGCAGACGCAGCAGGACACCACACUGCUCAACCAAGUCCUGGCCACACCUGACCUCGCCAGCCGUGCCCCAGGCCGCCCUCUGGGCCUCACGUGUACCGCCCUGUCGGGCCUGAGCAUGGAACGUGUCUGGGAGCUGGCCGCGGCCCUGAGGCAGAAGAACGCCACGCUCCAGCCGGACCAGCUGCGCUGUCUGGCGCGUCGCCUCAUGGAGCUCGGAGUCCCCGAGGACCUGGACGCCUUCCCACCAGAGCUGCUCCCCUUCCUCAACCCUGCCACGCUCCCCUGGCCUGGGGCCUGUGCCGUCUUCUCCCACAUUGCCGAGGCCCACAUGGGCAAGCUUCCCGCCCCCGAGCGCCGGCGGCUGCUGUCUUAUGCGCUGGCCUGCAGGGGUGUGUGGGGCUCUCGGGUGACUGCGGCCGACGUGCGGGCUCUGGGCGUCCUGGCCUGCGAUCUCCCUGGCCGCUUUGUGGCCAGCUCGGCGGACGUGCUGCUCCCCAGGCUGGCAGGCUGCCCGGGACCCCUGGACCAGGACCAGCUGGAGGCAGCCAGGGCGGCUCUGCAGGGUGGAGGACCCCCCUACGGCCCCCCAUCGACGUGGUCGGUCUCUACCCUGGGCGCUCUGCGGGGCCUGCUGGCCGCGCUGGACCCGGCCAUCAGCCACAGCAUCCCAAAGGACAUCAUCAGCGCUGGGCUGCGUCACACCUUCCCCGACCCACCCCGGAGGCAGCCUGAGCUGGCCCUCGUCCACCCCAGGCUCCGGCGGGACACACAGGAGGCCGCCUGCCCCCUGGGGCAGAAGCCCACCGUGGUGGACGAGCGCCUGUUCUUCUACACGGACUGGGAGCUGCGGGCCUGCGUGGACGGGGCCCUGCUGGACGCCAAGAUGGACCGCGUGAACGCGAUCCCCUUCACCAACGAGCAGCUGGCCAUCCUGAAGAGCAAACUGGACGAGUUCUACCCCCAAGGCUACCCCGAGUCCCUGACCCGGCGCCUGGGCUACUUCUUCCUGACCAUGAAGCCUGUGGACAUCCUUAAGUGGAACGUCACCUCCCUGGACACGGUGCUGGCCCUGCUGCACGUCAGCAGAGGCCAGGAGAUGGACGCCCAGGUGGCCGCCCUUGUUUCCCGCUACCUGCUGGGGAGGAACCAUCUGGACCAGGAGCUCCUAGACGCCCUGGCCGGCUUCCGCCCCACCUACCUGUGUGCGCUCAGCCCCGAGCAGCUGCAGCAGGUGCAGCCCGGCGUCCUGUGGGCGGUGGGGCCCCGGGACCUGGACGCCUGCGGCCCAAGGCAGCUGGGCGUCCUGUACCCCAAGGCCCUCUCGGCGUUCCGGAACGUGAGCGGGCCCGAGCACUUCGCCAAGAUCCUGCUCUUCCUGGGCGGGGCCUCCACGGACGACCUGCGGGCGCUCAGUCGGGAGAACGCGAGCCUGGACGUGGCUGCCUUUCGGCGGCUGCGGGCGGAGGUCGUGGCGCCGCUGACUGUGGCCGAGGUGCGAGGCCUCCUGGGCGCACACGUGGUGGAGCUGAAGGGCGCGGAGGAGGACAGCCCCGUGCGGGACUGGGUGUUCCGGCAGCCGCAGGCCGAGCUGGACACGCUGCAGCUGGGGCUGCUGGGGGGCGUCCCCGACGGCUACCUGGUCCUGGACCUCAGCUUCCAAGAGGCCCAUGCCAGGGCUCCUGCACGCCUCGGACCCGGAUGCCUGCUGGCCACCAUGCCGGCUCUGCUGCUGGCUCUGACCCCGCGCUGAGCCCACUGUCCAGCUGCCCGAGCCCGCGGGACUGGAGCUAAAUAAAGUCCGGCACGA